AUGUUGGUCCCUGAAAGAAGUGUCUGUCUUUCAGUCAUGGAUUUUGAAUUCAAAUUGAAAACGAAUGAGCAGAGGGAAAGAGUAGAGGAUAAAUUUGAUUUUGAAGGCUGCAAAGUAGGUCGAGGAACUUAUGGGCAUGUUUACAAAGCUAAACAAAAAGAUUGGUAAGAACAAAAAUUAUGUCAUUUGCAUUCGAGGCUGUUUACAUCAAAUCGUUAUUUUACAGUUGUCUUAUUGGUUUUGUUUGCUUUUCUUGCUAGUCCAAAUGGGAAAUAUUUCGCCCUUAAGCAGAUCGAAGGAACUGGGAUCUCGAUGUCAGCUUGCCGCGAGAUAGCAGUGAGUAAAAGAAAUUUAUGUUGUCGGCAAAUGAAUGAAAUCACGAAUUCGAAGUAAUCGAGCGCAUGUGUUCAUGAACCAGUUUGGGUUUAAUUUUUCCUUUUCCAGAAUUUCAAGACUGAAUAUCAGCUAUCAAAUUUUUGUAAUCAACCCUCCUGAUAAUGCUUUCAUGUAUUUUUUAUUCAGCUUCUCCGAGAGUUGAAGCAUCCGAAUGUGAUUGCAUUGCAACGCGUUUUCCUUUCCCAUGCUGAUAGAAAAGUUUGGCUUCUUUUUGAUUUUGCAGAGCACGAUCUGUGGGUGAGUUUUAAACCCUUUUUUUUUAGCUUUGAAUUUGUUUAACAAAUAUUUGUCAACAUACAGCUGUUGGCUGGGCUGUUAUUUGAUUACAUGUAGCUCAUAACCCAGUGUUUCCUUAUUUUAAGGACAACAGUUACACUGAAAAAAUGAAUUUUUAAACUGGUAGAGAAAUCCUUUAUCGGCUGAUUUUUCACGAAUUCCAAGUGAUUUUAGGUAGUACCAAGAGGGGGGUAAAUUUUGCAAGUUUUUUUACAUGACAUUUACAAUUUGAAAUUGUUGCCAUUAAUGGCCGCUAUAUACCAUGUUAGUCUCAGAGAAUGCAAAAAAUUGUAUGCUUUUGAUUGUGUGUCAAACUGUUGUAUUUUCUUUUCAUCUUUUCCCAAAGCACAUUAUCAAAUAUCAUAGAGCAUCCAAGGCCCAAAAGAAGGCUGUUCCUGUUCCUAAAGGGAUGGUUAAGUCUUUGCUUUAUCAGAUCUUGGAUGGCAUCCAUUAUCUUCAUUCUAACUGGGUUCUGCAUAGAGACUUGGUAACUAUCUAUAAUGAGAACACCCCAUUGCAAACUGUUAACCUUUAACUCCCAAGACCCAAUGUUAAUUCUCCCUUCCAGCUGCUACACAUUUCCUUGUGAAUUAGUUCAGAGAAUUUGUUGUUGGAUCAAGACAACAACUUCAACCUGAUAAGUUUGAGAAUUCUCAUAACCUUUUUGUUGUAUAAUGUAUGGAUAUGAUAAGGAAAAGUUACUUGUUAAUCACUUCUGGGAGUUAAAGGGUUAAGUACAUGCAUGUUUUGUAGUAAAUUACAUACAAUUUUGUGGUAAAUUAAACUUUCUGUUUUUCAAAAGGUGAUCUUGUAUUAACAUACAUUGCCUGGCCCAAAGAAAAAUAAAAUUUGAUUUUGCCAUUAGUGGGUUACACAACCUCAAACAUUUCACUCACUUGACUUGAAAGAAGAAAUACAUAGCGGUGAAAAUGUUUCAGUUAACACUUUAACUCCCAGAUCAAAUUUGUAAUUCUCUUUACUCCCAACCAUACAAUUCUUACAAUGUUAGUUCAGAGAAUUUGGUAUUGGAUCAACUAAUUAUCCCCAAAUUUAUAUUUUUCUUUAUUCUCAUCACUUGUCUGGUCAAUGUUGUACUGAUAUUGUAAAGAAAAAUUCUGUCUUGGUCACUCAUGGGAGUUAAAGAGUUAAAGAGUUAAAAGUUUUUCUUAGUUUCAAACAUUUCAGAUCAGUCAGACUGAUAGUGAUUUUUUUUUCCUUCCUGAAAAUUUAACUGCUUUUUAUUUGAUAGAAUAACAAAAAAUGAACCCAAUCCAUCAAAGACACACCCUAUGCUAAGGAUAAAUGCCUGUUGUUUUUAGUGAUAUGCUGCAAGCAUAUGUUUUUAAGAUUGCUUUUCAAGAAGCACAUAUGGCAGGAUAUUGACCAUGAAGGGAAUGUGAAUAUUCACUGACUUGCCUAAGUCUUAUUUAAGUUUUUUAUUUAUAAGAAACAUCUGCCAGGAUAUGUGCACAGCUGGUUAAGAUCGAGAUCAAGCUGUAACUUGUUUUUUUAUUUUUUUCCUUUGUUCACUGUUUUAGAAACCAGCUAAUAUCCUUGUUAUGGGUGAGGGGCCAGAAAAGGGAAGAGUGAAGAUUGGUGAGUAGAAAUGGAUCAAUAUCAGUAUCUGGGUAACUGCCCACCUACCCCUCCCCUAACCCAACAUUAACCCUAACUUGUUAUCAAUUGACUGUUGUUGAGUUAGGGGAGGGGUAGGUUGGCAGUUGCCCAGAUACAGAUAUUGAUCUGUAGAAACUUUAGUGAUAUACAUUAAUAUUUAUAGAAAAUUGGUUUUACAAAUCAUUAGACAGUUGUUAACCAUUCUAGGGAGGAAUUUCAAGGUAUAAACAUGUUGCUUUGGCAAAUGUUUGUGUGAUAUUUAAUGAUAUACAUGUAAGUUCACAAAGGAAGCUCAUAAAGAAAAACCAUUUCAACCUUGGACUGAAGAACAAAGCAGGUCACUUACAUGUGUUAAAAACAAAAAAGGGAAUUUAACUAGAGUUACAAUGUAUGCUGAUAAAAUUACCAAAGCCUUUCAUGAAUUCAAAAGAAAAAAAUUCAUAGUUGAUAAAACUGCUCACCAGUACAACUUUGUUAUUGGCAUUUAACCAUAAAAGUCCUACAAGAUUCAUUAUGAUCCAUCAAAUACUUUUGCUUGUGCAUGAUUGGUUUAAAUACAGCACAUGCAUCUUGCAUAUUUUUGCACCAAACAGAGGCUAUUGUUUAUUUAUCUAUUUGCGUGUCAUAUCAUCAGCUGACAUGGGAUUUGCCAGGCUGUUCAAUGCUCCAUUAAAACCACUUGCUGAUCUGGAUCCAGUGGUGGUCACAUUCUGGUACAGAGCCCCUGAGUUACUGCUUGGUGCUAGACAUUACACAAAAGCUAUAGGUAUGCAAAAUAUAGCUGUGGAUGAAAGUUACCAAUGUUUCUAUUUGAUUGAAAUAUUUUGGAACUCUUUAGAACCUUUUUUACAAUAUGUGGUGGCUUAAAGUGAGUUGAGGCAAGAACGUUUUUAUUUGAUCCUUAACUCACCAUUGUUGGAGUUAAUCAAAUGAUUGAGGGUACCUUUGACUAAAUAAAAUUGUCUAAAAUGUAAAAAACUGCAUCAGCUUUUAGGGCAUGUGCAGUUUGUAGUAUUUAUUGGGGGAGAAAUCAUUUUUGUGUGUAACUACUUGUAGAUUUUCUUCUUACUGAUGACCAUUUCACUUCAAGUUUCUCCAGUUAAUUUCAAGUUUCUUAAUAACUAUGUUGAAUUAAUUGAUUUGCUCCUAGCCUGUGAGGGUGUUAAGUUAUAUAGAAUUGAUGAGCAUAACAUGUAACAUCUUGGGUUUGCUGUACACUUUAAAAUGGAAUUAUCUGCCAUUUGGCAAGUCUAUAAGUACAUGUGUCUUGGUAUCAUACAAGGACUAGAUAUUGCACAUGUAGUUAUACCAUUAAGUUCUUUCCAUUGCACACUUUCUCCAGAUAUAUGGGCAAUAGGAUGUAUUUUUGCUGAGUUGUUGACGUGUGAACCAAUAUUCCAUUGUCGCCAAGAAGAUAUCAAGACAAGCAAUCCAUAUCACCAUGAACAGCUGGAUAGAAUUUUUAAUGUGAUGGGAUUUCCACAAGGUGAGAUCUUCAUGAAGGGGCAAGUUCUUUCUGGUCAGAUCUGACCUAGUGUCAUGCCCAUAACAUUCAGACCUGUGUGUACAUGAAAUUCCAAAUGAUCACUUUGUAAUUUUUUUCCUUCAGAGAAAGACUGGGAGGACAUCAGAAAAAUGCCAGAACAUGGUACACUGCAAAAAGACUUCAGAAAAGCUAAGUAAGGACAACUGAUUAUUAUGCAAUAUUAUGCAAGUCAUAAGUUAUUCUUGGUCAAGCCAGCAUGGUAUAUGUAAUGGUAAUAGGACUGAGUGGAGUCCAAUUCAGUCUGUAAUCUUACGAGUGAUUGACAAAAUCAGGCAACUGCACAGCAGGAGUCUGAUUCAUUCAUCAUGAGUAUGAUUACAGACCAAAUUGGACAACACAGAGUCUUAUUAUCACUUAAUCAUAAAAAUUGAAAUUUCUGUGAAAAGAAGAAUAGCCAAGUUGUGAAAGAAAGCGAAAAUUUGCAUUAAAAGACUAACAAAGGAGGGGUAGUUUUUUAAAUGGUUGUGAUUGGUUGAUUCAAACUACAACCUUGAAUGAGGUUGGUUGAUUUAAACAGUACUACAACUUUUGAGUGUGAUUGGCUUAUUGAACUGUCCAAUAACUAACUGUCUGAUAACAACUUGACAAGUGAAUAAGUGGAAAAUAGGAGUUUUUUUUAAACCAAUAUUUGAACCACAAGAAGAAACUCGUUGGACUAGUUUAAGAGUUUGGUUCUUUAUUUGUCUGCAAAAUUUAUUACCGUAACCGUACAUCAAGUACACCGCUUUUCCUAGCACCAAGUAUUAGGACUAUCAGUUAAGUGUUUUUAUUGUUGCUGUUGUUUUUUUUUUUCCAGUUAUGUCAAUGCAAGUCUAUGGAAAUAUAUGGAGAAACACAAAGUCAAACAAGAAAGUAGAGCCUUUCAACUGGUAAGACGUUAACGUCUUUACUGUUUGGUAUCCUGUACGCACAGACUGCUUUAGAGGUUAUAACUGACACUUUUUUAUGUACGCGAAUGUAAAAGCGUAAUGCAUAUACGAGAUGCUGUUGCAACUGUUUCAUUUAUUAUUCUCCAAGCUGCUCAGGUGCUGCAUGUAUGUGUGUAUCUUUAAGUUACUUGUACGUCUUAUGUGAUAACUACGUGAAGGUGUGGAGAUAACAUGUAUCCUAAUGUUGCUGGAAGAAGAUGAGCCGUUGUUUCCUUUAUGUAUAUCUUGCAGUGAAGGUGUCUGUCAGGAAAGAAGUUAGCUUAAUGAACCUACAGUACCGCUCACGUAUACGUUAACCGAAAAACGCGAAUUAAACGCGCAAAAAACGCGCAUGCAAUUGCCAAUAAAAAAAAAUCGUGCGCGUCAAAAAUCCGCACGUGCGCGCACGACUUUGAGACAUCAGCCUCAUUAGUAUGUAUGAGGUAGUUUUUUUGUUUUUAUAUUGUUGGCGGUUUAUUGUUUUAAAGAAUAGGCUUCAAUUCAAUAGCACUAAAAUACUACACGGCUACCAAUGACAAGCAAACUUGUACAUCUUUCAUCAGGCUGCCAUGAUGGGUUUAGGGUUAGAUUGGAAGGAGAGAGGAGUGAGUAGGUAAUAGGAAAAGACGUUUCCUAAAAUCUCACCCUCCCCUCCCUGUUUUCCUCUUGCGUAUCGUCCAUUUUCUCAGUAAAAAUGAAAAAUUUUCACGUAGAAAUACGUCGCGAAUCGCUCACUCACCAAAAUAUUCCUACAUUGCAGGGAAGUAUAGGAUAAAAGUAUAAAAUUUUGACAUUUUUAUAAUUUUGCAGCUGGCUAAAUUAUUAGUAAUGGACCCAAACAAAAGAAUCACCUCCGACCAGGCUUUGCAAGACCCUUACUUCAAAGAAGAGCCGCUACCAACACCAGAGUAAGUACUUUAAACCCCUACGAUAAGCCUUCGGGAGGUGGGGGCUGGUGUAUUUCCGGGGCCCCAUAUCAAAGAGAAAUGGGGGAGCAGAAAAAGAUUUUCAACGGCUCAAAUUUGGUUUACGAGUUUUCUUGUUAAUUAUACAAGUAAGUCUUUCUUUGAUAUUCAAAACGCUCUUUGACACACACUUUCAAAUAUAAGUAUGUCUUGUACUGAAAAGCUGCCUGUAUAGUUUUAGUCCAGGUGAGAGGGGGCGGGGAGGGGCUUUUAGGAGAAGGGGGUGGGGUGGGGGAGUGACUAGAAACUUUUGCCCACCAGGUUGAAUAAACAGUACAUGUGAUGCUGUCUUGAUAACGUUUUCUGUGCUUUCAACCAAUUGCGGCUGCUUUGUUGAGGGAAAAGAAGAAGACAGUGAACUGAAUGAUAGGUUUGUUUGUCUCAUUUUAGUGCCUUUGGAGGAAUGACGAUCCCUUAUCCUAAACGAGAAUUUCUAAAUGAUGAUGAUAGCGAUUCCAAAUCCAGCGCUGCAAAGGUAAUGAAAUUCUUUCAUCUUACAACCUCGCAUCAACCUUAGCAAAAUUAAUGGGAUGCCGUUGUUAAAGGAUAGGAAUCAUUACCUUAUAACUUUUUGAUCAGCACAAAAUGACUAACAUUUGGUGAUUAACUACACACGGAAUUAUCUUACGUGCAGCUUUCUUGAUAAAAGACGAAGCUACAUCUCAAUGAUACUGUCGACAUAUUGAACCAACGUUGGGCAUAUGCUGGAAAGGGCUAAUGCGCCUCGUUGUUUUGGCAUUACAAUAUUGUCAGAUGAUUUUGUUGAUAAUCGUCCAAUAUUGGGCCAAUAUUUGAAGUGCAUUAGCUUCUCUUUAUCAAACGACUUGGCUGUGCACGGAUACCUUUACAAACCAUUACCGAGAAAACUGAGUAUUUUCGCGUAUAGGGUACAAUUAUGCCCACAUUAAGUGAUAUUCAGUUGGGGUCGCAGAAUACUCACCUACUUAACAGUUGUGAAAGGUCAUGUAAAGGUGUCAGACAUCCCAAGUAUGAGAAAGUGUUAGAAAAAAUAUACACCAAAAUUGAGUAGUUCUUGAGUGGUAAUAUUUCCAUGCGUUUAAAUUAGUACAAACCUUCCUUUUAGUCGUAUUUUUUCAUAAAUGUUAGUUGUUUUGAUAUACAUGUCAACCUGACCGGCUGUUAUAUACUGUGGCGUAUCCUGUAUCAGCAGAACUUCAUCCAAGUUACAGUUAUCACACUGUGCAACAGGAACAAUUGUAAAACAAGUUACCUAAGAAAAUAACCCAGGAGUGAUUUCAGCUAACAUCACAUCUUAUAGUGUUUUUCAGUCUGCACAUGCAUGUAGCCACAACUCACUCUAACAAAUCACAUUCCCUUCCCCACAUUGACAGUAGCAGGCCAGUAUUAGACGAGGUACACAGUGAAAAUUACAGUGUCUUUAUCUCGCUAAGCCCGGCCAACAUUUGAAUUAACACUUCCAGACUAACCCAGGCAAGCAAGAGAACUCGGACACUAACGGACAGCCGAGUGCUAAAAGAGUGCGCGUUGUCUCUGCGCACACCAAUGAACAGUUUCAGGUAAUGUAUGAUGACGUCACUGUUUCAGUGAUAGGGACUGUUCUCUGUGUUAUCUGGGGGCACCACUGAAUCGAGCCCCUGGGUUUCCUUGACGCACGUGAUUAGUAAUUGAAACCUUCGCAGCUGCAUUUUCAUCACUGACACGCGUUUUUCUUUUAACCUAUAACUUAAACAUUGCAGAUUAAUAGCCGCACAGGUACAUUUAAGAGCCUAAUUUCGUUCUGAUCGUCUGCAUCAUUCUGUUCUGAUCGUCUCCAUCGUUCAAGUCGUAUAUGGAAACACUUCCCCGCAGACAAUCACUCAGGACAAACGAUGGGGAAUGUCUGCGUCUGGGGGAAGACUGAGGCGAUCGGGACUCAGAUAUGAAAACAUCUGGAAGGGAAGGGUGUUUUCUGGAAUGUUUCUUUUUCUCGUCGUGGAUUCAUCGCUUAACUUUCUAACAUUACUAGAUAGCAGUGGUGUUACAAAAAGAACAAAAGAAAGGAAUAAAACAAGAACAACCAAUUAAACAACUAACAAACAUGUCAAAACAAAAACAAAUUCUAAAGCAAAACUCAAACUAACAAGCAAACAAUAACCAGUUAUUUUCAGCAAGAUUUUGGGGCACGCCUACAAAAGUUAAAUUAAGUGGUAAAAUCACCAAGAAUAUCAAACAAAAGAAAUUGAUUCCUGAUUCGAUAUCAACAGCUUACCCUUGAACUUUGAAGGAGUACUCAUCUGCUUUUGAAAUGUACAUUCAAACGCUAAUGAAGUCAGCAACAUGUAAACGCUGUAUGAAUACGCGCUGUGCGAUGCAUGUUGAUCAAUAAUAUUUGCAAGAAACUGUGUUAACCAUCACGUGCUCUCUCAAACUCAACUAUCUUUCCCUAGUUACACAAAUACAUGUAAAGACCUCAGCUUCGUUUGGUUCCAACCUUAUGCCUUCGUUGAACAAAUUCUCCAAACCUUUCCUUGUCCAAUGGAACUGGUUUAGAGAAUUUGAUCGCAAAUCAAUAAAUUUGAUUCCCGUUAAUAGGCAGUUGUUUUUUCUCGUGACUUUCAUGAUGGACUACGUUUUAGUAAGAUGUCUUACGUAAAGUCUACUCAUUCUUAUUGCUAUCAGGGUUGAUUUAUCCGUGUAGAACAACAGUAAUUGUUGAAUUAUCAACCUGGUGUCCUUUUUCAGUUAUUGCCUGGUCAGUUAUCCAAGUUGCAUCUGUCAAUAUCCGAUUAUCUAUGCCUGGGGUCCGUUUCUGGAAAGUCUCGAUAACUUCACGGGCCCGAAGCCAUAUUUUGAAGUCAAAAUUUAAGGAUGGAGAAGCAGAUUUUGGUACCCUUACCAGUCCAUUUUGUUUCUUUAGCAGAGGAUUUUAUUGUAUAAUUUGAAAAACUUUUGAAACCACAAUCUCGAAUGAAAACUGAACAGUUGCGGGCUCUUGAAGUUACCGAACCUUAAGAAAUGGGCCCCCCCUUAGGCUGGUGAAAGAGAGGUCCACGAAAAGUAAAAGCAAAAUACGCAGUUCUAAGUUUAUCUCAAGGGUCAUGUCAUCAAAGGGUAGAUCUUCUUUCUAACAUGUUUUUCUUCGUGUUUUAUUUGAUUUCUUAGCAAAAGCAACAGUCGUUCCAAUUCCAAGGACAAAAUAAUCAACAGACCCAGUCCUCUGGCGCCCAGCAGCCGAGUCACGUGGGGCGGUUCCUUCAUCAGCAGUUUUCAACAAACAACACCCAGAACCAGUCUACCCCAACCAACAGGCAAUUCUGAAUUUACAUAAUGAAUUGAUUUCUUGGAGAGUUUUUCUUGGUCAUUUUCUACUUAUAACUGUGCCGUUUGCUGUCAAAAUGGGUCAUAUCUCUUACUUGCUUCUUCUCCCUCAACUUACACUUGUUUAUAAGGAUCUUUAAAAAAUAUUUUCUUGUUGCUCUGUACAAAUGAAUAAAAUUGUUAAAGAUGCUUGUUAUGAUUUGCAAAACAACUUCUGCCUCAGUAAAGACAUCAUAAUCUUUUGUAUUUUGUACUCGAGAAUAACUUGCUUUUGCAAUCAUUAUCCUGCUUUAGCUAUGAUCAGUAAAACCGGAUGUACAUGGAAACCAUGUAAUAUUUAUUCGAGCGUCAAAUUAUAAGAAGAACCACCUAAUAAGAUUUCAAAAUUUGCCAAAAAAUAAUUUACGGACGCCGCCAUUUUGAAUCUUGCUCAGCAGCUUGACCUUUUCCGGGAGGCUUUGAAAAAUAUCAUCCCUUAUUUUAUCUAGUAACGGUUAGUGUGCUCAAUUCAGAGCCUUUUUUUUCCCCGGUUAAAUUUUUAAAUUUGUGGAAUUACAGCAAAUAAAAGUGACAUCGAU